UCUUUGAUAAAACAAGAACUAACAACAUUGUAUCUCUGCUCGCUCCAUCCGGGCCGUCGAAGAGUAACCGGAAGAAAAUCCAGCCAUCUUCUUCCUAUUUAUUUCGGUCGCCUCCCUCGGCCAUCGCCGUCCCUCAAGCUGCUCCGAGCAGCGGCCAUGGUGAUGAAGCCCAACGGCAUCGCUGGCGCCGGAGCCGGCGCGGCGGCCGGACCAUCCAAGGCGAACGUGUCCUCCCCUGGUUCGAUCAAGACCGCGAAGUUUAAGAAGCGGAAGGCCGGGGCCAACCGUGAGAAGGCCGCGGUUGCUGCUUUCGCCGUCGAAGUAGUCCCCCCUGUGGGCGCAGGCACUGCUGGUGGCGAUGCACCUGCAUCGGCGUCCGUACCGGAGCCGGCCACUGUUGCUGAGGCAUCACCUCUGACACCGAUUCUGAAGCCAGCCAUUGAUGCUGAAGGAUCGGUGCCUGCACCAACGCCAGCCACUGCUGAUGCAUCGGCAUCAGCGGCUAGGCCAAAGCCGGCUGCUGCUGCUGCCGCUACCAGCAAGGGCAAGGGGAUGGGUGCUGACAAUAGCGGUGGUGAUGGCAGGAUGAAGAGCAGAAAAGAGAGGGCUAAGGAGAGGGCUAUAAAUGGGAAGGGGAAGAAGACUGUGGUUACGAAGGAAGAAAGGGGUGAUAAUAAGGGUGCAGGGUUUAUAUUUAUGUGUAAUGCACAGACUAAGCAGGAGUGCUACCAGAACCGCUUGUUUGGGCUGCCUAAUGGGAAGAUUGGAAUGGUUAAGAAGAUCAGGCCAGGGGCAAAGCUAUUCCUGUAUGAUUUUGACUUGAAGCUUCUGUAUGGUGUGUACAAGGCAGCAUCAAACGGGGGGCUGAACCUUGUGCGAGAAGCAUUUCAUGGGAAGUUCCCUGCACAGGUUAAGUUUAAGAUUGAUAAAGAUUGUCUUCCUCUCCGUGAGAGUAGUUUCAAGCAUGCCAUUAAAGAAAAUUACAGUGCAGGGAGCAAAUUCGACCCAGAGCUCAACUCAAGACAAGUGCAUAGGCUAAUUGCGCUAUUUAAGCCUGUCAAUGUACCUCGGUCAGCUCCAACUAACCACCUUGAAGAAAGACGCCACUAUGAAGAACGAAGGCAGCCAUAUCAUUUUGAAGAAAGGCGUCCUUCAUUGCCUAUUGAAGAAGUGUGUGAGCCAUGGUUUGAUGAGGAAAGGUGCCCUGCUGUUAUACAUGUUCCUCCUCUUGAGGAUCCAUAUAGGGCACCACGCUUUGCUCCCCUUCCUGUUGAGUCUCGACUUGGCCAUUCUUUGGCUAAUGUUCAGGAUGAUCACCGCAUAUAUUAUGAACCAGCACCUCUUGCACCUGAACCUCGACAUAUUCCACUUUCUCUAGAGCCCCACCAUGUUCCGCUGGCCCUAGGGCAUCACCAUGUGCCUUCUGCACCAGAGCCUCGACAUGUCCCACCUGCAUAUUAUCACACUUUGGCUCCAUCUGAUGAGUCGUACUAUCGGUCUGUAGUGGAUCUGGUGCCUGAGCGUUAUGCUGACAGGACUGUGGCUGAGAUAACUGCUAGGGAUCCAAUCAUUCCAAGGGAUCAUACAAUGCUGCCAGGUGAGAUAUCUGCUCGCAUGGACCGUUUGGAAGAGCUCUACCAGACUUGGGGGAUUGCUGCUCGUGGUGCUCAUGUGGAGAUCUACCGGCCAGGGGAGCUUGCUGCUCGUGCUGACCACAUGGGGAUCGCCACUCGAGCUAAUCGUUUGGAGGGUCUCUACCGUUCUGAACAACUUGUUGCCCGCACUGCUGGCCUUCCGCGUCAUUCAACCUAUCGUACAGCUGCUUAUGAGACUAACCCUGCUUAUGCUGAAACAAGCCAAAGGCCCAUCUCUGCAAGGGUUAAUGCCCUUGGCGUGCCAGUUUCGUCACUCUACUCCUUUUCUGGUGGGCCGGUAUAUCGGUAAUUAGUGCUCAGCAAGUGAUACCCAAUUUAUAAGUAUCAGGAUGUUCGUCGCUAUAAUUGCAACCGUUGUUUAGCUUAGCUUCUGUUCUAUAUUUCCUUUAACAUCCUUCAGUGGAUGAAUAGCACAAAGUACCGAAACUUGUUCGUCUAAGCUGUUGAACUAUGUUCUCCUGCCAUGCGUGAAUCUUAUUUUAUCUUGCUGUUGA